UCCCUGGAUGGAUUGUAAAUUGCUGUGGGCUACAAUUUGACCCCCCACUUCUUUUUUAUUUUAGCCUAUAUUGGUACACAUUUUGUAAAAUGAAGUACGCCGAAUGAGCUAUUAGCAGUUCCUGUUUGCUAGUUACCACUGGAUGUCCUGACAACUAUCACUUGGUUCCUCCGAUACGCGGUAUCCAGAUGAACAAUGUGCAACAUGUACCGAAGAUUCGAUAAAACAGAUACGAUUCCGGCCUCACCUUCCAUACCAACGAAAUACCAAAGAGUGGUGAUAACAAAUCAAGAAAAGAAGGGGUUUUCGUCCCGAGCUAAGAGAUUCCCUUUACAAGUCUGUCUGAAUGAAAAUCCAGGACCAGCUAGCUAUGGUUGUAUUUCCAGCGCUGAAGUUAAAAAUCCCUCCUUCUCAACGAGAGGCACCACAGGCUUUGUUGCGUCCAAGGCUCCCAGGGGUUACAGCAACCCACAGAGAGCCAUCCCAGGACCAAAUGUAUACAACAUACAGAGCUCCCUCAUAAACAAGUAUGACUUCAACACCGGAGUCUCCAGGGUGUUCAGGUUGCCCGUGGCUGUGCAGCUUGAUGGUCCGAAGCAUAAAACUCCAGCGCCAAAUCAAUAUGAUUGCAGUAGAGGUAGUAGAGAGAGAAUCUCCUCAGUGAUUGGUACAUCGGCUUUCCGCUCAAAGACUGGACGUGACUCAUUUUACCCAAACAAAUACGUGCCAUCACCAUGUCACUAUGAGGUGAACGGCCACUUAAUCCAGCACAGCUCCAAGGCAGUCUUGUCCCCCUUCAAAUCAAAAUCUCUGAGAAUCCCUGCUCCAGUGAACAACCAUGUGCCCGGCCCAGGAGCUUAUAGUCCCCAUCAGGCCCCCACACCGGUGAAGAAGACCAUCCUACCGAGGGGUUAUUAUUUGGCAAUAUCAGCGCCCCCUCUGAUUGUUCCUAAGGAUCCACCCUUGCCAGGCCCCGGGCAGUAUGAUAUAAGGAAUUAUGAUGGCGCAUCCAAGCAUCCCAUGCCCACUGCCGCAUUUGCAUCCAGAACUGAAAGAUUACCCAAAUACUCAGGUGCCAAUAUGAAGCCAGGUCCAGGUUUCUAUGAUCCACAAAUUUUGUCAAAGCAGUCCUUCUUUUACAAUGAUUCCAGAGUCUGGAUUCCUGUAUGAAGCUUUCAAGGGAAAGUGCGACUGCAAAAACUGUAAAUUCUUCACAUACAUAAACUGAUUGUCUUUUAUCAAAAUGCUUGUAUGCAAGGUAUGUGUCUUUGUGUUUAAAUGUACAUGGGUUCAUGUAUCUCUGACAUUUUUCAGACCAAAUUAAAUGUUUGCAACCAUUUAGUCUCUGAUUCUGUGUCUUGAGUAGGCCAUCGAGAUGUAAGACUGAAACAUUUUAAAGGAUGAAUCAUGUUCAGUA